AUGAGUAGAAUAAUCACAACAAACAUUAAAAUACAUCCAUUUUAUGACUAUUCAAAUCCUGUUUUGGGGUCAUAUUCAAGUGCAUAUGUUAGUGCUGGACCCAAAUUUAAAGCCUAUAAAUUUGGGCAGGAUAAUGACGAAUAUGAGUAUUUAAAACAAUCAAAGUUUAGACCUUCCAAAUCUUCCAAAUCGUUAAUUGAGAGAUUUAUAGAGGAGGAUGAAAAGUUAAAAUCAGAGGAUUUGUUGAGAAAAAAUGUCGUUCAAGAAAUAAAGACUUCACGUCAUCUGAAUUCGGGCUUAGAUUCAGAAAACAGACGGGAAGGAUUAGCAAUAGCAUUAGAAUCGAAUAAUAAAGGAAAAGAAAAGCAACAUGACCAAGAAAGUGAGAAAAAAGAUUAUAAAGUAGUUGCAAAUAAAAUGGAAAAUCAAACGCCUGAAGCGCAAACAAUAGUUGAAGAACCAGUAGUAUCUGAAGAAAAAGUAAUCGAAAAUUCUUCGGAAGAUAAAAGUGGUGAUAGUGAAUAUUAUUCGCUUAAUUCAGAAUAUUAUUCGGCAAAUUCACAAAGUGAGGAAGAAAGUCCUGAAGAAAUUGAACGCAGUUUGACUGCUGAUCAAGUAAAAAAUGAAAAUAAAGGGAAAUUAAAGAGAUUUUAUAGUGAGCAAAGCCCUCCAAGGAAAAAGAUGAUUGAAGAAAGAUUUGAGUUUACCCAAAAACAAGAUAGUGUUGGAACGAGUGGCGUUAAUAAAAUUGAGAAAGGUAUUUAUAAAGAUAAUAAAGUUUGCGUAGGUUAUGUUAUGGUAGUGUGA